CGUCAAGGACAGACGUAUGACAAGUCGGUCACAGGCUGCGCCUCCUAUCAGCGUGAGGAGACAGGCAGUGUGGUCAGAACAGAGGAGGCUUUGAGCGCUUCCUGGCUUGCCCUGGCCUGUGCUGGGGCGCCAAGCACCGGUCCCCAAGGUCACAGCCCAGGAGGAGGUGGGGCCCAUCUCCCGCACAAACAGCCUGGCCUCGGGCAUAUAAGCCAGAGCCGCCCAGCCCCUCCCGCAGCCAAGAUGCGGGCUCUGCUGCUCCGGCUACUGGCCCUGGUCCUGUGGGUGACGGGGUCCCCGCGGGGAGCCAGGGCCCCUGCCUUGCCCGGAGAGCCAGGCAUGGGCACGGAGGGGCUCAUCUUCCACCAAGACUGGGACUGGCCGCCAGGGAGCCCACAAGACCCCCUGUGCCUGGUGACCCUGGACCAGAGCGGCAACAGGAGUGGCGCCCCGCUUCGGGUGGUGGGGGUGCUGAGAAGCUACGAGCACGCCUUCCUCGAAGCUGUGCAGCGGGCACACUGGGGUCCCCGCGACCUGGCCACGUUCGGGGUCUGCACCGCCAGCGCGGGGCAGCCGGCACUGCUCCCUCUGCAGCAGCUGCAGGCCUGGCUGGGGGAGCCCGGGGGGCGGCGGCUGGCGGUGCUGCACCUGGAGGAAGUGAGAUGGGAGCCCGUGGUCACACUGAAGUUCCAGGCGCCCCCACCCGGAGGAGCCGGUCCCCUGGAGCUGGCGCUGCUGGUGCUGUACCCCGGGCCUGGUCCGGAGGUCACUGUCACGGGGACCGGGCUGCCAGGCACCCAGAACCUUUGUUGGGCCCGGGACACGCGCUACCUGCUGCUGGCCGUGGAGCUCCCAGCGGGGGCCUGGCACAGCCCUGGGGUCACCCUGACCCUGCAACCCCAAGGAGAUGGUGCCCCCCUGAGCACCGCCCAGCUGCAGGAGCUGCUGCUCGGCCCCGACCCCCGCUGCUUCACGCGGAAGACCCCGGCCCUGCUCCUGCUGCCUCUGCCCGGGCCCACUCCAGUGCCCGCGAGAGGCCUCCUGGACCAAGUGCCCUUCCCGCCACCCAGGCCCUCUCAGGAGCAGGAGCCCGAGGAGCCGCCGCCCAGCGCAGACCCCUUCCUGGAGACGCUCACGCGCCUGGUGCGCGCCCUGCGGGGGCCGCCAACCCAAGCCUCGCCGCCGCGCCUGGCCCUGGACCCGGGCGCGCUGGCCGGCUUCCCGCAGGGCCUCGUCAACCUGUCGGACCCCGCGACCCAGGAGCGCCUGCUCGACGGCGAGGAGCCGCUGCUCCUGCUGCUGCCGCCUCCCGCCACGGCCACGGCCACGGCCACGGCCACGGCCACGGCUGGGGACGCCGCGCCGCUUAGGAGCCCCGAGUCCGGGCCCUGGGCCGCGGGCCUAGCGCACCGUGUGGCCGCCGAGCUCCGGGCCGCGGCUGCCGAGCUGCGCGGGCUCCCGGGCCUGCCCCCCGCCGCCACGCCGCUGCUGGAGCGCCUGCUCGCGCUGUGCCCCGGGGCCCCGGGGGGUUCGGGCGGCCCCGGCGGCCCGGGCGGCCCGCUGCGCGCGCUGCUGCUGCUCAAAGCGCUGCAGGGUCUGCGCGCCGAGUGGCGGGGGCGCGAGCGGAGCGGGGCGCCGCGGGCACAGCGCAGCGCGGGGGCCGCGGCGGCGGACGGGCCGUGCGCGCUGCGCGAGUUGAGCGUGGACCUGCGCGCCGAGCGCUCCGUGCUCAUCCCCGAGACGUACCAGGCCAACAACUGCCAGGGCGCGUGCGGCUGGCCGCAGUCCGACCGCAACCCGCGCUACGGCAACCACGUGGUGCUGCUGCUGAAGAUGCAGGCCCGCGGCGCCGCCCUGGCGCGCCCGCCCUGCUGCGUGCCCACCGCCUACGCCGGCAAGCUGCUCAUCGGCCUGUCCGAGGAGCGCAUCAGCGCGCACCACGUGCCCAACAUGGUGGCCACGGAGUGCGGCUGCCGGUGACCCCCAGGCGGCCCCGCGGCGCCCGCCCGUGUCUGUCCAGACCCCCGUCCCCCACAAUAAAGACC